GUUCCGCAUGAGCCUUACGGCGCGAACUCGGGCUCCAGACUUCACCGUCUUGCCACCUUCGAUCGGUCUCCACUUUUCCAGCUCCUUCUCCUUCCGAAACUCGAAGCUCCUUGACCACUCGCCUUCUUCGCCGUCGACAGUAAAAAGGUGCUUCUCCUUCUCGAAGCUCCUUCACGACUCGCCUUCUUCGUCGUCGACCGUAAUAAGGUGCUUCUCCUUCUCGAAGCUCGAAGCCGCUUCUCCUUUUUGCCAUUAAAGGUCUGUCACGACUUGCCUUCUUCGCCGUUCUCCAUUGCUUCUUCAAAUCCGUCUCCUUCGAUCUUGCCGGCCAUUGGGCUCAUCCAACUUUGCCGUCGACCUUCGUGCUGUUGCGCUCAUCUAACUUCUCCUUCAGAUAUUCCGCUCGUGCUCUCAGUCUCAGUGUGUUAGCCGAUGUUAGGAAACUUGGAGUGCCAUAUCAACAUCGGUAUGGUAACAUUAACACACCCAAGCUGUACCUUACUGGGCAUGAUACACCCCCCCUUCAGCAAACUUCUAGCACCAGAUUCUGGAGAUUUAUUCAUUCUGGGGAGGAUUUGCGCCAGGUGAAUUCAACUUCGAUGCAAAAUUAUAUCCAAAUGGACUCCAAAAUCUGCGUAGGCUUGAACUGAAGGGACCUUGCUGGCUGCACUGACGCCUCUUCUUUCUCUGAUUACGUCACUGCCACUGUUUCUGCCGUCCAUCAGCAAUGGAAAAUAGCCACACUUGGACCUGCCACACCUGUGGCAAUGUGGGUCUGGCCGACGGAUCUGAUGGCUUCUUCUACUGCCUUCGAUGCGGCUCUCAGGCUGAUGACGUCAUUGACACUGGUGUAGCCGAUGAGGACUUUGUUGACAAGGGAGGAGAUGCUAAUGGCGCCAUCUACUUGGCCAGUCACCGUCGCCAGCGUUCCCAUGUGGUCAAGGUUGAACCUGUGACUCAGCAUGAUUCCAUCUAUGGUUCUCAGUCCCAGUUUAUGAAGGCUCUGGGUUUGGAGGAAGAAGCUACUCAACCUCAAGAAAAUCAUUCUGGGGGUGUUUUUAAGGUAGAUGGAGGUUCAGAUUAUGGUUUCCAAUUUAAACAGGCUGGUUCUUCAGUUCCGGGUGAUUUUGGGGGUUCAAAUGUCAUGAGAGGUCUGAGUUUUGACGAUUAUUACAAUGAGAUAAGGAUGCGUUAUGUGAUGGGGUUGCAGAUUAUGAUUGAGCUUCAGUGUGAAGCGUUGGUGAAUGAGUUCAAGGUGAACCCUUUGAUAUGUGGGAUUGUUGGGCCAAUUUGGUUAAGAUAUGUCUCUGGGACUGAUGUUUUUGAUGAUGGGUGGGCUGAUGAAGUAAUUCAUGACUCUGAGAUGCAGAAAGAAGAAGAACCCGCCUAUCACAAGCCCCGUGCUAAAUAUAGUGCAGAACCUCACAACAUCUAUGGUGAGCGUGCUGUAAUGAUAUGGUAUAAGUCUUUAAGGAAAAGUAUUCCAUUAGCUUGUACUGCAGCUAUUACAUUCCUUGCUUGUCAUGUGGCCAAGGAAGCAGUCUUGCCUACAGACAUGAUGAAGUGGACCCUUGAAGGAAGACUUCCAUAUUUUUCUGCAUUUUGUGAAAUUGAAAAACGCAUGGGGCGGCCUACAGGAGCAUGUCCUAUAAGUUCAAUGGUUAUGUUCAGGCCUUCACGAGCUGUGUCUUUACAAAAGCUAGAGUCAUUGGCAGCAUCUAUUGCUGAUUCUGUAGGACUAGAUUUGCCUCCUGUUAACUUCUAUUCAAUAGCUUUGCGUUAUCUUCAAGACUUGUGCCUUCCAGUUGAUCAGAUUCUUCCUGAUGCAGUUAAGAUUUAUGAAUGGUCAAUGCCUCCAGGUUUAUGGCUAUCCACAAAUGAAUUGAGACUUCCUACUCGUGUAUGUGUUAUGUCAAUUCUGAUAGUAGCAAUAAGAAUGUUGUAUAACAUAAAUGGUCUUGGAGAAUGGGAAAAGAGUUUGUCUCAUAAUGGUGCUGCUUUGGUUAAACCUUCAAGUGGCAUUAAAGGGGAGAGAAAUGGUGGAAUGGAUACCAAUUUUAGUUUCCAUGAUGAUAGUGAACAGUCUAAUAAAGACCCAGUACAACCGCAGCAACCAGAAUGGGAUGCUGCGAGGCUUCUCUACCACCUUCAUACAUUAUAUGAUGGGGUUGCCGACAAAUAUGGGUAUUCAAAGGACUUGUCAACAUAUCUCCAAUAUUGUAAGGAUGUUGUCUUUGCUGGAUUAGAGCCAUCGUUUGAGAAUCAUGAGGAAGAAAAGAUGAUAGAAUUCUCAUGGAAUUUUUAUCAAAAUGAGAAGGAUUCUGAACCAACUGAACCGGUAGAGCAAUCUGAUGAAUGUUUUAAUCACAAAACACAUGAUGAUGAUGAUGAUGCCUGCAUUGCAAGUGAUGUACAGGAAAGAAUGGAUUAUGAUGAUUCCCACAAGAGUUCACUAGAUUCUGAAGAAUCAGAAAGUGAUGGGGAAACCUCAGCAGAGACUAUUGAUAAUGAGGUUAUCAGAAAACUGAAAUUGGACAUGGAGGAGAACAAAUUCUGUUACAUACCUCCGAGGGUGAAGCCAAGAAGAUUUGAUUAUGUUCACUACGUGAGAAAGAAGGAUAAAGGUGCCUAUGCGUAUGUUGCUCAUGCUGAUUAUUACAUCAUACUUCGGGCUUGUGCAAGGGCUGCACAAGUUGAUCUUCGGAUUAUGCAUAUUGGCGUAUUAAGCUUUGAGAGAAGACUUGCUUGGCUAGAAGAAAGGAUUGACAAGGUCUUGCGUGUGAAACCUCCAAGGAUAUCUUGCCAGUUUUGUAGCGGUGAAAAGGCCCCUGAAAAGGAAGGAUCUGUUGAUGAACAUGGACUUUCAAAUUUGAGUAUCCGAGAAGUUUCUUCUAAAAGCCUUUAAUUGAAAACAAGUAUGACUUAGAUCUGUAACUAGUUUGAUUGUAUGAAUUUGCAAGUUGACAGGUGACAUUAGCGCAUGCAAAGUAUAUAGCUAUAGCACUAAUUUUCGGUUACUUAGAUUGAGGUUAAGGUGUCACGGCCCCAUGGAGUAGAUGGAUGCCUGCCUAUAUUAUAUUUUGAAACAACAAUUUUUUUUCCAGUACAUUGUACAAUGUAUAAGAUGAAUAAUUCUUUUUCCUAAAAGCUUGAUAAACGAUAGAGCAUAAUGAAGUCUUGCAAUCCAUGUAGCCGACCUCACUUAGUGGGAUAAAGGCUUGUUGUUGUUGUUGUUGUU